ACGAUCUUCGGGCGUGAGCCUGUCGUAGAAGUGCGAUCCGACUGAAACGUCACAGUCUGCCGUUGGUCCGGUUCAGCUCCAGUUCAGCUGCUGUGACCCACCGGUUCUCCCCGCGAACACUCGGAACCGAACCUCGGAUCCAGUCCGGACCUCCCGGGCCACAGAAUUGUCCGAGCCGGGUUUCACUUUCUGGCCGAGUUAAAGCCGAGAGAAGCCGAACCGGGGCGGGACCGCUGCCGUUAACGUUGGUGACGUCGGUCCGCCUGAGCUCGGCGCGCCGCCUGUUUGUCCGGGACUGAGCGGAACCGAUCCGGACCGGGAGCCCCGCGGUGAUGGAGAGGAAGAAGACGGACUGUCCGGCGCUGCCGCCCGGCUGGAAGAAGGAGGAAGUGAUCAGGAAGUCCGGGCUGAGCGCCGGAAAGAGCGACGUCUACUACUACAGUCCGACAGGGAAAAAGUUCCGGAGCAAGCCGCAGCUGGCCCGUUACCUGGGCAACGCCGUGGACCUGGCCUGCUUCGACUUCCGGACCGGGAAGAUGAUGCCCGGAAAACUGCAGAAGAACAAGCAGCGGUUCCGACACGACGCACAGAACCUGGCCAAGGGAGGCAAACCGGACCUGAACACGGCUCUGCCCAUCAGACAGACGGCGUCCAUCUUCAAACAGCCCGUUACCAAGGUUACCAGUCACCCCGGAAACAAGGUGAAGACGGACCUGCAGAGAGCCGUGGAGCAGCCGCGACAGCUGUUCUGGGAGAAGCGUCUGACGGGCCUGCGGUCGUCGGACAUCACAGAGCAGGUUCUGCGCAGCAUGGACCUGCCCAAAGGCCUGCAAGGCAUCGGGCCGGACGCCGGCGACGACGUCCUGCUGUCGGCCAUCGCCAGCGCCCUGCACAUGAGCUCGGCGCCGAUCACGGGUCAGACGUCGGCGGCGGCCGAGAAGAACCCGGCCAUCUGGCUGAACACGACCCAGCCGCUCUGCAAGCCCUUCACCGUGACGGAUGAGCAGAUCCGGGAUCAGGAGCUGAAGGUGUUCCAGGCCCGCCGCAGCCUGGAGGAGGCGCUGACGGCCGACGGCUUAGCCAGAGCCGCCGAAAACUCCCGGGAACUGCUGCAGGGAAAGACGGCCUAAAGACGGACAGGGUCCUCCUGUCCACCAUCCUCAGGGUUUCCUCCUUCAACCAAAUCCAGAUUCAAACCCGGCCCGCUCCGACCAGAACCUGCUUCGCUUCCUCCAACCUUCCUCAGGUUCCUCAGCUCAGGAAACCGUUUAUACGCCUGGACCCGGAGCAGCUCAGACGGAUCCAAACCAGCAACCAAAGCCUUGAACCAGCCUCCGCCUCCCGGUGACUCCGCCUCCCGGUGACUCUGCCUCCCGGUAACUCCGCCUCCCCAGUGACACCGCCCCGGUGACUCUGCCUCCCGGUAACUCCGCCUCCCCAGUGACACCGCCCCGGUGACUCUGCCUCCCGGAGACCACGCCCCUCCUGACUCCGCCUCCUCAGACCGACGCCAUGUUGGGCGUUGCACCAGCCUGCAGGACAGCUUUACUCUGCUAACUCUCUGAGCUCCUGAUUGGAGGAGCUUCAUGUCUUCAGGGUUUCAUUUAAUAAUUAUGAGAAUUUACAGACAUAUCAAACAGAAUAAUUACUUAUUUAAAACAAAUUUUUAUACCUUCAGAGAACUUUAGUGUACAUUUCCUGAACUGGAGUAAAUAAAGAGAUUAUAUUCA